AUGGCAAUAAAAAAUAUGGAAAUUAAUGAAUCAACCGAUGAAUAUGGUCGAAAUAUAGCACGCAUACAAAUACCUCGAAGUAUACUUUAUGAAAAUGCUAUUGAAAUUAAAAAAUUUAAUGAGAAGGAUGAUAAUAAUAAUAAUAAUAAUGACAAUGAUGAUGACGAUGACGAUGAAGAUGAAGCACACGAUAAAUGUAUUACUAUCAAAUGA